AGCCAACUUUGCACCAGUCAGUUUUAAUUUUUUUGAUUGCGCCUUUCAUCUUAAAUCUUAUACCUUAGCGCCUUUUCAAGUUUUUUAAUCUAACGGCUAACGGCUUAGAAAAAUAGAAUUCUUUUAAUUAAAUUCGUAUAAAGUGACGUUUUUCUGCAUUUAGUUAGAUAUAACUGAGAAAGCUGAGGUUUCGUGGUUUUCUAAUUCCAGUUAUAAAAUUAAUAAACAAAGUAACUUUGCUUCAUAAUGGAUUUUGAAGAUGCAAAAGAAAAUAUUCAACCAUUGGCGACUGGUCGCAAUGCCAGUAUUUUACAUGCUUCUUUGAGUGUUGAGUCUCCACAAGAAUUAUUGGCUCGACGCCGAGAGUUAGAACAAGCCAUUCGUGAAUAUAGCGGUAAUGACCCUCUCGAACCCUGGUAUGCAUAUAUUAGCUGGAUAGAACAAAGUUUUCCUUCAGGGGGCAAAGGAUCUGGUUUAGAAGAAGUGCUAACAAAAUGUUUAUCUCAGUUUGAAAAUGAGGAACGGUAUUUCCAGGAUAGACGAAUGAUUAAAUUGUAUAUGAAAUUUAUUGAUAGCCAUCAACAUCCGAUGGAAUGCUAUCAGCAAUUAUUCAAUGCUGGAAUUGGUACAAUGAUUGCUGAUUUUUAUAUUUGUUGGGCAUACCAUUAUGAUUUAUGUGGCAAUACACGCAAGGCAGAUGAAAUAUUUCGUAGAGGCAUUGCAUGUCGUGCCCAGCCAUUGGAAGAAUUACAAGAAGCGCACCAACAUUUUGGCUUUUCCAUUGCACAACGUGUUUUGUAUCAAGAUGACGACGAGGUAAAGGAAAGUACAAAGCGACAGUUCGAAGAAAGACGUUUAGCUUUAACGUCUUUACGAAGUCAUAGGCGCAAGGCAACUGUCGGCAGUAUACGCACAGGAUCUGCAGUAAAGAGUUAUGCGCCGGGAACGGUACAGACUGGCGCCAGUUCUUCAAAACAAGCAAACACGCGCGUACAAGUCUUUCAAGAUGAAAAUGACAAUCUUAAUUCACAACUAACAAAAGCAACAGUAGCUGAACAAGAAAGUUCAUCUGAAGUUCCUAAAUCAGUUGUUCGCUCAAUUAUUGAUGCAGCACGAAAUCAAGAAAAUCGUAAAGAACCAGGACCAUGGAAUAAAGCACAUGAUAAGAAACUGUCUGGCAAACUCUUUAGUAAAACGGAUAGGAAUACUGAAUUGGGUUUCAGUAUUCAUGAAGAUACUGAGAUGAAAGAGGACUAUUUUAAGAAACCUCUAGUACCACCCAUUAUGGAAGGAGAGAGAAAUUAUGACAAACCCUUUAAAUAUCCCAAAGAUUUUAAGUGUAGAAAUUUACCACAAAGUGAAUGGCUUACACCAGUAACGAUCGAAAAUGAGCCGGAACCUCGAACUUUCCCACAAUAUAACAAAUGUUUUAUGUACCCCCGACCAAAUAUAGAAUUUCAGCCAGAAGAGUAUAGAGCGUACCGCUGGUUUAAAAAACGUGGCAUUUCAAACAAUUUUACAACCCAACGUGACACUUAUUGGUGCAGCUACGAUAUUAACAGAAAUGUGAGGCAGUAUCCUAAUUUUGCGAAAACAUCAAGACCACAACGGUUGACAGAAAUAGACGCGUACUUUGAACCAGAAAAGAAGCAAGGAUUAAUGGUGUGCUUUAGUGAGUUAUAUAAUUCUUCUGAAAAGGUGGAAUACCAAAUGGAAGAGUUGAUGGCAAAACGUUUGCGUCGAUAUGAUACAAUAUUAAUGACAGCGGAUAUGGACGAGACUGCAUGCGGCAGUAACGAACGGGUACAGAGACGCAAAAGCUUUUUUCCUUUACGCAAAUCGAUUAUGCCAAUACCAUCCGUCGUUCCAAUGGAAUAUAAAGAGGAUAUUGCGGUUAAAGGCAUUCUCCAUAAAGGGCCUCUGAAAAUAACGAGUGGUACCGAAACCUCGGCGCAGCCUAAUAAAAUCGAAAUAUUUGAAGAUACAAUUAGCACAGCUACAAGCAAAUUUUCAGCUGAUACCAUUAACAAAGUUAGUUCAGUUUGCAAAGAAGAAAAUCCUUCAACAGCUAAUUUCAAGUUUAAAACACCCGCUUUACCAACCACAACUACUUCCACAAUAGAAAAUAAACUAGGUUUCGAAAUUUAUACUGAACCUUCUAUAAGUGAGGGUCAACUAUCUGUACCUACUACUGAAGGGGCUGUAGGAGGUGCCAUAUAUGAUCCGGAAGAAACUUGUUCUACACAAAUAUUCAACAUAUUUUUAAAAUCACAGUCUGUAAGUACACCGAAGAUGGCACAGAAAGUUGCACCAAGACAAUUUGGAUCUAUUUUGAAGAGUGUACCAAAACCUCUCGAAUUUUCUAAUAGUCCAGAAAGUAAUCCAACACCUGAAGCCAUUGUUGAUGAACAGGCAGAACCCCUAAAAGCCGCAGUUGAAUACUCUCCUUUAACGGUGAAGCAAUUGUCCACUAUUCUAGAAACUUCCGAGCACGGUAUCACACAAGGUACACACACGACUGGUGGCAUAACAACCAAGUCUUCCAGCAGCACAUCUGACGGCGAAGGCGACCGUGAGAUGGGAACGCGGCUGUUAAUACCCGUUACGGAAUUGAAGCCAGUAGAAGAACUAUCGCGCAAAACAUCCAAUAUACCAACUGAGGUAAUGGUAUCGCUAGAAAAUAUUAAUUUAUAUGGUGGGGCUAUGUCAGAAGAAAAAAAUCCAACAACGGUUGGCAAGCAUGAAAUGUCCAUAAUUAUCCCACAUACUUGCACCCGCGAACCAGCCACACCAGCUAAUAAACGUUUACAGACGGGGUCUGAUUCGCUAGUUGCGCCUGCAGCAUUAGCGCCAGCAUUAAACUUUUCAAUAUUUGAAGAUGAACCCACUGAAGCGAUUGGGGUUAAACAAGCUGGAAAUUUUACACGUAUUGACGAACGCGAGGAUACAGCGGCUGGCUAUGCCAUUCGAAGCGUUCGUUUCCAAGAGGACAAGACUGAAACAAUGCCGAAAAUGUUAUUGCAUUCACGUUCCAUUGUAAAAUUUCAAGAAGAUAAAACAGAAACUAUAACCAAAAUGCCAAUUGCAACACCCGGGUUGGUGCAGUUUGAAUCGGAAAAAACCGACACAAUACCGAAAACUUUGCUUUCGGCACCAGUAAAAAAUCUCAGUUCGAAUUUGGAAGAUUCUUUUGAGUUUUUUGGACAAACUCCACCGGGUAAGAGUAUAUUACAUCCAAGAUAUGAAGUUUCGGCUUUUAAGGAGUGCAUGGAGGCACGGACGCCAUUGUUGUCAUCGGCUAAACGACAUUGUGAUAUCAAUACUCCAGAUGCAUUACAGUUGAAGGCACAGCCAUCAACACAAAAACAAGCCAUUAGCACAACGACGACUGUUACUGCAGCGGCUUUUAAAGGACCGGUACUAUUUGAGGACGAAGUUAACAAAUCAGAGUCUAUAAAGCCCCAAGUACUUUUCUCAUCGACCAAACCUAUAACUUCACAAAAAGUUAUCACACAACCAGCGGUGCAGAGGGUAAUUGCGCGUGAUUCCUUUUUGUCAGAUUUUUCUUAUAUUGAAGAGACACAACCACAAUCUGCGGUCCUUACCAGCAAAAGCGAAGCAAAUAAGAAUGAUGUAUCCAAUACUAGAACGGGUGGUGAUACAGCAGUUAAUGCAAAGGCACAAACUAUCGCUAAGUGUAGCGAUUCAAAUGAACAGCAAGCUAAAUCAAGCUUGAGCAAUUCCUAUUUAAAUGAUUUCUCCGAAAUUAUGGACUCUCAACCUGUACAAAGUGAUAACAACUGGUGUAGAUCUGUUUCGAAAAAUAAACCCACCGAAAUGCAGAAAAAGGAUCAAGAAAACUUUUGUAAUUCGUUUCUAAAAGACUUCUCAGCUGUAAUGGAGUCCAAACCAAUAGAGAACGAAAAUGAAUUUCUACAAAAGCAGUCUACAACAAAUGCAUUUUCUACAACUGACUUGCAGCGUAAAGGCGAAUCGUGCAAUUUAGCGCCCACAAAAACUGAUGAGAAUAGAGCUAAAUUCGAUCUUGGAAAUUCUUAUUUAAAAGAUUUUUCUAUGGUUUCCGAAUCACAACCAGUCGAAGUGCAACGGGAGCGCCUACAACCCAUAUCUACGGCUAACAAACAUGAAACGAACGAGCAAAAUAUUGAAAUGGAUAGUAAAAAACUUGAAAUCGUCAAUCAUAGUUUAAAAGAUUUUUCUGUAAUUAUGGAAUCGCAACCGGUUGUUGACGAAAGAAAGCUUGGACACCACAGUUCCCGUUCUACGUUGCCAACAACAAAACCACUAACAAGCAAAAUCGAUGUAUCACAACAACAUGUCGAAGAAAACAUUAAGCCGACCUUAGGCUGCUCUUAUCUAAAUGAUUUUUCAAUUGUGACUCAGUCAGAACCCAUUGAAAACAAAAUGAAAAGUAAGAUAUGUUCAAAUCAAACAAUUGCCGAUGAGGUAUACCAAAAUCCAAAUGCAAUUCCUGCAACACACAUGAAUGACCUUCACCUGAAUGAGUUUUCAGUUGUUUCGGAGACACCCACACUUGAAAGCGCAACGAAGCGUGCACAAGAACAAUUUGAGCAACUUAAAGCAGACACAAAACCGGCUGCAGCAGCACAACCGCUCAUGUUUCUGAAUUCGUUCAUGAAAGACUUCUCCGGAUUUCGCUGUCCUCCCGCCGAGUCAAUAAGUAGUAAGAAAUCAACUACACGCCUAACAUUUUUGAACGAUUCUAGAAAAUUCAAUGAAUCCAUACAUUCAAACCCAAUUAAUAAUAGUCUUAGCAAAGACUCGAAUAACCCUCCACAAAGUUCGAACAAAUUACAUUUUCUUGAGAAAUCGAGGGUCAGUUUAGCCCAAGCGCCACCAACUGAACGUUUAUCAACAGAAAAGUUCUUUGAGUUGAAUGCAGAGACUGCAAUGUUCUCCACAAAUAUCAGUAUGAUCAAGAACUCCACACUUUUGCCACAAAUUGAACUGAAUGCCUUGCAGGUGCCAACACCAAUAAAAGAGCAGUCGCUACACAUAAAGCAGGAGAAAGAUGAAACUUGCAAAAUCGUUGCUGUUAGUCAACAGCAACAGGACAAUUUCAAAACGCCGCCAAAAACGGUAAACGAGUUACUGUCAACGUUGCCACCAAGUUUGGCGCAAGAGCAAACAACAACAACAUCGUCAGGUGCUGUACCGAAACAGCCAUCAGCUAUCAAGCCACAACGCGAAAGUAAAAUUCUACAACCGAUAAGUCAUACCGAACCACAAAUUAAACAACCAAUUGAGUAUAUAAAUAUAACUGAAACCACUGAUAGGGCUAUUGUCCAGGAUGGCGAUGCCGAAAUGAGCAUAUAUUUUAAGCAUACGCCGAAAACGCCGAAAAUACAACAACACAUAUGGACUGAAAGUUCACCCUCGCCCAAAACACCAUCACAAAAUGUAUAUGUCCAUCGCGAAGUAGAUCUAAAUGUCACUAACCAAAUUAUAGACAACGUGAACGUUGAUCCCCAAGUUAAUCCUUUUAAUGGCUAUUUGCAAAGUGCUUUCUUGGAGCAAAUCGAGUUCAAUAAUUAUAUUGAAGAAUUGCCAAGUUGUAUGCUAGUUGGUCACGUGUCACGUCUAAAUUACGGUGUUAAAAUUAAGGUUAACGAUGUUGAAUUUGAUGUUUUAAAGUUAAUUGGAGAGGGCGCAUAUGGCGCUGUGUUUUGUGGCACACAUAAAAAGACUGGCAAGAAGUAUGCGCUCAAGCAGGAACGUCCACCGAAUUUUUGGGAAUACUACAUAUGCUUGGAAGUGCAUAGUCGUUUAAACUCGGAAGAUUUGGUUUCGGCUUUUAUGAGCAUCGAUUAUGCGCUGAUUGGCAAUAAUGCCAGUAUCCUGAUAUCACCGUUUUCUGUGCAUGGCUCACUAAUAACUGUAUGCAAUAAGGUGAAAAAACAUACGUUAAGAAAUGUCGAUGAGUAUGUAGUGAUGAUAUUAACUUGUGAACUGCUCAGCAUCAUUGAUCAUUUGCACGCCGUUAAUAUUAUACAUGCAGACAUUAAAGCUGAUAAUUUUAUUUUAAUGAAGAACUUGGAUUAUAACAGUACCCAGUACGCAUUGCAGCUAAUAGAUUUUGGUGUAUCAAUUGAUAUGAAAUUAUUCAAAUCUGGCCAGACGUUUAAUUAUGUGCAUAAUGAGAACGCGUUCAAGUGUAUAGAGAUGCGUGAAGGACGGCCUUGGACGUAUCAACUGGACUUAUACGGUUUGGCAGGUGUCAUACAUGUUUUACUCUUCGGUAAAUUCAUGGACAUUGCACAACGCCCUAAUGGUAUAUGGAUGCAUAAGACACAUGUGCCACGUUAUAUCAAUCGCACGUUGUGGGACACAAUAUUUCAGGCAUUACUGAAUAUACGCGACUGUGAAACGAUGCCGAAUUUGCAAAAUUUGCGCGCCCUUAUCAAAGAAGAAAUAGCUGCGAAGGAGAAAUUCGUUAUGAGGAAAAUUGUAGAGUUUAAUUCGGCGUUAAGUGCUUGAAAGUAUAGAAAUUGGAGACUUUGUAAUAAUUUGUUCACUAUAAUCACAUUGUAACUAUUUAAUUGAAAUACAAUUAAUAAAUUUAUUUUACUAUA